AUGCUGCGAAAGAAGGAGGAGGAAUGGAGGGAGCGCCUAGCUGAGCUCAAAGAGCACUAUGCCCAGGACCCUGAGAAAAGAGAUCCGCCCCACGGGACGGCCCUGGGACACUUCGUGCGCGUGAAUCGCAAUAGCCGACUACUGCCGACCGGACUCCCAGACUGGAAGGUGCAGGAGCUGGAGUCCGUGGACGGCUGGAGAUGGGAGUGA